AGCCUAUUAUACAUUACCAUUUUCUUCGCCAAAGGUAAUGCUCCCAUGACACGUAAAGCAAACUCCACUCACAGAGGGACAGCAUACAAUUCCUUCGGCUGGAUUCCCCACUUUGGUUAUUCACCUUGUCUCCAUUUACUGUUUAUAACAGAAUCUAAGACAACAUUUGCAUCGUUUAAUCUCGUUCUUGUGAUUCUAACUCCAAGUAGUAGCACCAGCAUCAGAUGGCACUGACUUUGAAAGAACAAGAUGCAGCUCACUGGGUUUACAGAGGCGAAGGAGCCGUGAAUCUUGUGCUCGCAUACACCGGAUCCUCUCCUUCUUUUAUUGGGAAAGUGAUCCGCAUACGUAAGGCUCCGAGGAAUGGAUCGCAGUCAAAGGGUGCGAGUGUGAGGAAUAGCAUUGCUUUGACUCCACAUGAACGUGUCCUCUGGAAAGAUGUGCAUCAACUUAUUUCAUCCUCGGACAAGGAAAUUGUUGGUCAGCUAUAUGUGCAGCAUGUUAUGAAGCCCUUGCUUGGUUCCAACUAUGUUGAUGCUGGGAUGUAUGUCCUUGUGACCAAGGAAUUCCUUGAGUUGGUUGAGAAGAAUGUUACUGGUCAGCGUCCUGCAUGGCGGGUUGAUGCUGCCCGGGUUGAUACACAUUGUGAUUUUGGCCUGCUCAUGUCUGAUCAUUCGCUCUUUGUUCAUGGUAGUCAAGGAUCUGGCCACUGCUUAUCUGUUGAGAUAAAGCCCAAAUGCGGAUUUCUUCCGCUUUCAAGAUUCAUAUCUGAAGGAAAUGCAAUCAAAAGGAGAAUAACUCGAUUUGAAAUGCACCAAACUCUGAAAUUGCUUCAAGGAGAGAUAUCACAGCUGAGCGAGUACAAUCCACUUGAUCUGUUCUCUGGAUCCAAUGUAAGAAUUCAGAAAGCUAUUAGAGGUCUUCUUACAACUCCUCAAAACAAUUUUCGUGUAUUUUUGAAUGGCUCUCUCAUACUUGGAGGACUGGGAGGUGUUUCAAAAGAUACAGAUGUAUGUAUUGCUAAAGCAUUUGAAGAUGAACUUAAGUCAGUUAUUCAAGCUGAUGAUGGUCAAUGUACAGAUAACUUAUUUACUUUAGUUACUGAGGCGUUGCAAAAAUCAGGAGUUCUUGAUAAUCUCCUAGAGGUUCAGAAGCUUGACAAUAUUGACAUAGAAGGAGCCAUCCAUGCAUACCAUGACAUUGUUUCUCAACAGUGCAUGGUAUGUAGGGAACUGAAUGAAGAACAGGCACAAAUAUAUACAUCUUUGCAUUCAGCUUCAUUGGAUGAAAAGUUGAGAAUUGUGAAGAACUACCUGAUAGCAACAACUGCAAAAGACUGCAGUUUGAUGUUGUGUUUUAGACCAAGGAAUGAGGGGGAUUCUGGAUCUGUGUACAAUAAUGUAUAUCUCGAGUCAACUAAACAGGCCUUUGAUUUUAAGGUGUAUUUUAUUGACCUCGAUUUAAAGCGCUUGAGUAAAGUGGAAGACUACUAUGAGUUAGAUAAGAAGAUAGUGAGCUGCUACAGACAAACGAUCAAAAUGGAUCAAGAAGAUAUGAAGUGAAAGAUGUUGUAUAGUUAAAUCGUUUGAUAGUGUUCUUCUCUUCCAAAAUGUUGUUGUAAUACUAGUUGCAAGGUGAAGAUGGAAACUGCUGGUAUUUUGCUUCAUUACCCUCCUUGCUUGCUGUACCACACUACUCUCAACUUUCUGUAUGUUGGGGCUGUCAUAUUCCCCUGUGUUUGUAUUUUUAUUAUUUUUCUAGUCCUAGUAUUUGUUCCCUCCUGAAAUAAAAAAAAAAAAAAUUAAAAACGAAUUAAGUAUUUUGGGUUUAUGUUGUUGUCUGUGUUUUAUUGGUAUUAGAAGGGUUUCCAAUGAAGGAAGGAGGUUGGCAUGAUGACUUCUUGGGAUGUUGUUUCUCAAUUUGAUUGUAUAGACAAAUGACAUCUUCUAAGGUUCAGGAUUGCUGAAGUUAGACUAAGCGAGUAAUAGAUGUGUUCAAUCCUCCAAGGUAGCAAGUUAUUGUUUUCUCAUCCUUUUCUUGGGAUGUGAGCUUUUCAAAUUUUAUGGGGUACUUCUCCUUGAAUAAGGUCUUUUGUCGCAAAUUCUGUAAUUGACUAAAGUUAUCUGGAUAAUAAUGUUGAGGCAAGAAAUUAUGUGUAA